AUGCAAGAGCUUCGAUACCGCUCAGAACUCCUAGAAGGUGUUGCCGAAGAGCUCACUAAAGAGCUCAAGAAAUAUGAAGAAUGGUUCUUGCUCGAGCCGCACAAAUUGAAGGUGAUCUCAGAUCACUUUGCUCAAGAGCUGGAGAAAGGUCUUACAGUUGAGGAUGCUGACUGGAAUAUUGACAUAAAAUUGAAGCCUAUGAACGUCACAUGGAUCAUGAAAUAUCCAACAGGACGCGAAAAAGGACGCAUUCUUACAAUUGAUUUGGGAGGAACCAAUAUCCGUGUAUGUGAUGUCUGUCUUUCCACGGGGAAGGGAGAAUUCGAGCAACGUCAGCGAAAAUACAAGCUUCCGGAGGAGAUCAAGACAAGCACGAAAGAAGUCCUGUGGGAUUUCAUUGCGGACCGAAUCGGAUCAUUCCUCAGUGAAAAUCAGAGCGGUAUUAGUGCUUCAGAUCCACUCCCACUGGCGUUCACAUUUUCAUUCCCAGUGGAGCAAAAGUCUAUCCGCAGUGGCAUUUUGCAGCGCUGGACCAAAAACUUCAAUGUUUCCGGAGUGAAUGUCCCAGUGAAACUGGUGGCCCUAAUCAACGACACGGCGGGAACCCUUGUCGCAUCACGGUACAGGGAUCAGCAGGUAAAGAUUGGUAGCAUUUUCAGUACUGGCUGCAAUGCAGCGUACAUGGAAGAGUGCCGGUUGAUCCCCAAACUGCGUGAUUUAGGACUGCCCGAAGAUGCAACUGUAAUCAUCAACACCGAGUACGGCGCCUUUGAUAACGAGUGCAAGGUGCUGCCCUUGACUCCAUUUGAUCGCCAAAUUGACGAGGAGUCCGCCCACCCAGGUACGCAGAUCUAUGAAAAGAUGGUGGCUGGGUUGUACAUAGGAGAAAUGCUGCGCCUGGUAAUGCUGAAAAUGCACGAAGGAGGUAUACUCUUCAAGGGCCAAGACGUUUCACGUCUUCGAACCGCGAACUCAUUAGAGACAUCUUUUUUGUCUACUGUCGAGAUGGAUAUUUCAGACUGUUUGACUGAUAUGAAAGGGGAGUUUAAGGAGAGCCUCAAUUUGGAACUCACGUUGGACGAGUUGAAGGCAUUACGUCAUCUGAUCGGCCUGAUCGCGAUGCGUGCCGCGCGUCUCUACGCGUGUGGAAUUGCGGCCAUCUGCAAGAAGAAAAAGAUCCGGCAGUGCCACGUUGGGGUUGAUGGCUCGGUGUUCAGUAAAUAUAGUAUGUUAAAGGGACGGGCAGUGCAAGCCCUUCGUGAUAUUUUUGAUUGGGAGCCAGGCAGAUUGGACUUGAUUGCUCUGAACUCGGCCGAGGAUGGAUCUGGAGUAGGGGCAGCUUUGGUUGCAACGUUGACUCUUGACCCAAGUGAAAUAAAAGAGUGUAACAUGGAUGAUAUUUAA